UCAGAGUUUAUGUGGAGAUAUUUAUUCAUUUGGACUAGUGUAAUACAUUGAGCUUUCAAAGAUAAUAGAUAUGAAGAAAAACGUAUUAAGAAGGUCUCUGACCAGCAGCAGUUUGCCUAUAAAUCUGGAUCAACCCAUUAUUAAAUUGGACUACUACCCCCCUGGAAAGUUAAAACCAUUGCACAGAAAGGCAAAGCAAUAUCCACUCAGUUCUUCCACAGAAAAUUUCUCCAAAGAAGAUGGAGAGGCAGAUUUUUCUGUCAAAGUGAAGAAGUAUACAAGAAACUCCACGAAGGCAUCUUUGGAGCAACUGUCAUUCAUAGCUAAAACUAGUGUUAUUGAGGAAGACCGCGAGUCUGUUAGUUCGAAGUCUCAUCGGUCCGAUAAAUAUUCAGCAACGGCUAUAUUUAAAGAUAAAACAUUUCUGUCAUCAAAAGAUAAAUCUUUGAUUUCACCACAAGGAAAAGGGUCAUAUGAAUAUGACAACAAAUUUUUCAAGUAUGAAGGUCAAUGGAAAAACGGCAAAAAGCAUGGUAUGGGUAAACUGACAUUCAGUGAUGGAGGUUAUUAUGAAGGGACAUUUGUUAAUGGUGAAAUAACGGGUUUUGGCACCCGCUUCUUUCCGUCAACGGGAUGCAAAUACCAGGGUCAGUUGGUAAAGGGAGAAUUGUGGGGCAAGGGUCGUAUGACUUGGCCCGACGGAUCCAUCUUUGAAGGGCAGUGGGAAAGUAACAAGAGACAUGGUUUUGGUGUGAUGAAGUCGAUAAAGGAAAACUGUCUAUAUAAAGGAUCAUACGUGGGCAAUCGUCGGCACGGGCAAGGAACUAUGAUCUAUCCCUUGAGCUGCCUUACAAAUCCCAGCAGGAAAGGUGAUCGUUACAAUGGAGACUGGGAAAAUGAUUUAAGGCACGGAGAAGGCGACAUGAGGUUUACAAGCGGAACAGUGUACGAGGGCCAUUUCGAGGAUGAUACUUUCCAAGGUGAUGGCUUGAUGCGUCACUGCUCCGGGCUCAUGUAUCGUGGGGUUUGGGACCACGGGAAACCCUCUAAACUGCCCAACAGGAUUGCCAUACUAAACCCAACAGGGAAAGAGUUUAUUGAGAUCACACAGGGCCAACCUUUUAGUAUACAGAUACAGUGUGUCGACCAGAACGGGGAUGUUAUUGAAGCUGACAAUGGUCGAGAGUUGCGGAUCACAGCAGGCUUCAAACACAUUAAGGCGAAGAAAGGCACGGCCAUCUUUGAUCUCAUUGAAGAGUAUGAGGAAAAACCAAUGGACACACCAUAUUACCAAGUGUUACAGUACCCACUCACAGACUUCAUCAUGGAGGAGGAGGAGGUGGUGGAGGAGAUGAAAGAAGAGGCUGAAGACACCAUACAUGAACAAGAAACUACUGCGGAGAACUCUAUAGAAACCACAUUGGAAACCCCUGCUGAAGAGCCAGAGAGAGUGGACUCUGUUGCCCCGGAAAUGGAGACACCCCAGUCUGUGGCAGAGGAAGGUCUCGAGAGAACAGCCAGUACUCUCUCCACAGCCGACACUCAAUCAGAAAGCAUGGAAAAGGAAUCCCGUCCACUCCCUCCGCCAGUGACAAACAAGCGGACAGAGAAUGGCAUCUGUGAUUGGUCAAACAUACAGCUGGCCCAGGCCCCACCAAGAUUCCCGCCAUUUGUUGCCCUGGAUGAGGAAGAGAAAAAAACCCGUGCCCGACAAGACAGACAAGAUUUACUGCGGCGAACACGAUAUUCAGUCACAGGAUCAAUGGAAGCUAAGAGAAUGAACAGAAUUGCACAAGAUGAUCGAUUCGCCAGAAUUGGAGAGUAUAUUCUGAUGGUACAUGAUGUAACAAGCCCGCCAUUCAUGGACCAGAGGCUUGAACCAGCUUUCAUACAGCUCAAGUUGAAAAAACCAAAAAGAGAAAAGAAAACAAAAGAAACCAAACCAAAGGAGUUCAUGAACAUGAUGAUCAGUCAUAGUUCCUUGAAGGAAGAAGAGGACUAGUCUUUCCCCAAGUUUGUAACAGUGGGAUACCUCACAGCAUAUUAACAAGAGCAUGAUGAGAUCAUAACAGUUGACGUGUUUCAUUCUUUGUACCAGCCAACGGACUGGGAAAACAUUCCAGCGGAAAAUAUUACCUAUAAUGGCAGCAUUUAGUCCAAGAGCAAGCGGAAUCUUUGAUUGUGAAAGCUGUUGCGCAUAUAUAUAUAUAUAUAUAAGCAUUGAAUUAAUGAAUACUGGUAUUGAUGGAGAGUUACAUUGAAAUAGUAGACCUAUGACUUAAUUAAGUUCUAAGACAAGUUUAAGCCAUCAGCUAGGCCACAAAUAAUAAAUAAUUUGUUUGGCAUUUCCUGACCAACUCACAAAAAUACCCUUGACCCAGAAUUUGUUAGCCUCUCCAGUAGUCAUAUUUUUGUUUUCAUAAAAGAAAUAAGGGGAUGGGUCUUAUGAAGUGAAUAAAGGAUUAAAAAUACCUAUCAACCCACAUCUUAAAAUCAUGGUGGGAAAGCCAAACAAACUAUUCAUUAAUUAAAGCCUUAGCAUCACUGAUUAUGUUCUCAUUUAGUGCAGUCCUAUAAUCCUUUUCAGGGAUACCACCUCUUUCCUCAUUUUACACUACAUUAUUAAGCCACUGCGUGUUUUUUUUUUUGUGAUUCUGGUUAAAGAAUGCAAUUUACAAGGGUCUUUGUCUAGAAAUAGUUGAUGGAAGUAGAUUUUAUAGAACUUGUUUCAUCUGAAAACAAAUAUUUAUCAAAGCAGUUCAACACACAUAUGGCCCUGUUCAUGUAUCAAAGCAGUUCCACAUAUGGCCCUGUUCGUGUAUCAAAGCAGUUCCACAUAUGGCCCUGUUCGUGUAUCAAAGCAGUUCCACAUAUGGCCCUGUUCGUGUAUCAAAGCAGUUCCACAUAUGGCGCUGUUCGUGUAUCAAAGCAGUUCCACAUAUGGCCCUGUUCGUGUAUCAAAGCAGUUCCACAUAUGGCCCUGUUCGUGUAUCAAAGCAGUUCCACAUAUGGCCCUGUUCGUGUAUCAAAGCAGUUCCACAUAUGGCCCUGUUCGUGUAUCAAAGCAGUUCCACAUAUGGCCCUGUUUUUUGUAUCAAAGCAGUUCCACAUAUGGCCCUGUUUUUUGUAUCAAAGCAAUUCCACAUAUGGCCCUGUUUUUUGUAUCAAAGCAAUUCCACAUAUGGCCCUGUUUGUGUAUGAGCAGUUCCACAUAUGGCCCUGUUUGUGUAUGAAAGCAGUUCCACAUAUGGCCCUGUUUGUGUAUGAAAGCAGUUCCACAUAUGACCCUGUUUGUGUAUGAAAGCAGUUCCACCUAUGGCUCUGUUUGUGUAUGAAAGCAGUUCCACAUAUGACCCUGUUCAUGUAUCAAAGCAGUUUCACAUAUGGCCCUGUUUGUGUAUGAAACAAGUUACGCAUAUGGCUUUAUUUAUGUUUCAAGUGACUUUUCAAAGCUGUAACGGUUUCUUUCAAAGGUAACAGCAGCUUUGUAAAUGUAUCAUCAGUGCAGUAUACAUGUCAUCUAUACUUUUCUAUACUGUCAUUUUUACCAUUCUUAUCUCCGAAAGGACAACAACAAAAAACAUAGAAGGUCACAGAAUUAUUCUUUUAUUAUUAUUACAAACUUAAUUGAAAAAUUUCCUUGCAAAUACAAAAAAAAUAUUUUUCUUAAGUCUUCAUUCUUAGAAUUUAUUUCAAAGAUUCAAGAUUCAACUUAUUUAUUAAGUAACUUGAACUCAAAGUGCUCCUCAUUACAUGAUAGAUAUAAUACAUUCAAUUAAACAUAUAUAUACAACGAUAACAUGAUAGGUUUGAAAUCUCAGACAUGAGAAAAGAAUACCGGGUAUGCACUGUUACUACUGGACUAUACUGGUUCAAGAAAGUGAUCCCAUGAUAUGAUUGUUGAUAAAAGGCUCCAUAACCUCUAGUGUGUCUGUACAUGUAAUUGUAACAGAGUAUUAAUACUACCGGGGUAUGUUAAAAUUGCAAGUCAGAGACAUUUUGUAGAAUUGUGUACAUUUUAGAAUGAUACCAGUUUGCUUUAAUGAUGUUAUUUUUAUAUUUUAUUAAAUAAAUCAUGUUUUGGUAUUUGCAAUGAAUUUGUACUUUUAAUUUUGAUUAAUUUUAGUCACUUUUAUAUAUAAUUUUUGUGGACAUGAUAAAAUAAAGAAUAACACUAUAUUUCAUAAGAUUAUCUGAAUUAGAUAUGUAUAUAAUUAUGAUCUUUUAUUGGGCUAUUCUUUAUAAAUCCUUUAUUUAUUUGAUAUUUAAUUUCUUUAUUUAUAGAUUUGACAAUUGAGAUGCAUUAUUGAUAUUUCAAUAUGAAGACACCAUGACUAUAUCUAGCAUUAAACAAUUGUCAACCAAAUGCAACAAUUCAGUUAUGCACUAUCACAUUGUAAACUCUAUUGGCUGAAUUAAGUUACAUUGCUUUGCUCGCUUGUGAUAUAUUCCAUAAAAUUUAAAAUAAACGAUAACCAAUACUUUGAAUGAAAUUAUACAUGCAUGUACAUUCAAAACAGUGUCAGUGUAGUUUCAGGUUAAGUUCAGUUUAUGUCAGGGGACUUACAGUCUGCCAAGUUUAGGUGCAGACACAUGUUCCUAAUUAUAUAUCAUACAAGUUGCUUUCAGUUUUAAAUUGCUUUUUUAUUAUAGUUUUGAGAUUAGCAAACACUUUCAACCAUAACACAUAAAUAUUCAUAAUUAUAAGUCAGAUUAAGAUCAUUAUCAUUUUUACCAAAGACAUGCAGCAAAGGGUUUAUUGAUAGGUCAUUAAGUUUGUCAGUAUUUAAAACAAAAGCAUAAGCAUAAAACCCUUUGUUUCCAUUUUUUUCUGUAGUGAUUAGGUUUUGGACAAUCGCUGAUUAAUCUAUUGAUGUAAAUGUUAAAAAUUCUAUCCAUUCAUCAUUAUGAUAAUGAAAAAAAACUCCCCCUCCACCCUUUACAGUCUCUGUAUAUGCCUGUUUUCAAAAAUCAGAAUUGAAAAAAAUAAUUGAUAAUUAAAUCAAACACAUUUUUACCAAAUGGUAACAUGACAUAUAUCUAUUUAAAAACCAAUUAUCCUAUUGCA